AUGCAGAGCUGCGGAAGCCCAGCGAAGCCCUGGGAGAGCUCCAUGCAGCCUGUGAGUGAACCACGUAGUGCCCAGGAGAGACCAACCCAACAGCCUGGGGAGCCAGGCACGGCACCGGGAAGAGUCCCACACAGCACCUGUGAGAAGACCCAGCUGUGCCUGCAGGAGCCCCAGACAACACCCUGGGGAGCUCAGAGCAGCACCUGCCAGAGCCUCACCCAACACCAUGGGGAGUCUGCUGGGGCACUUGAGGCAGCCCCAAGCAUUGCCUGGAAGACCCCCAAGCAGAGCCUGCAGGGGUCCCACACCGCAUUGUGGGAAACCACCAUCAUUGGCAGCCAGAGCUCCGCCCAACACCUUCAAGAGCUUGGUAGAGGGACUGGGGGAGCCCCAAGCAUUGCCUGGGACAUCUCCAAGCAGAGCCUGCAGGGGUCCCACACCACAUUGUGGGAAACCACCAUCAUUGGCAGCCAGAGCUCCACCCAACACCUUCGAGAGCUUGGUAAAGGGACUGGGGGAGCCCCAAGCAUUGCCCGGGACAUCUCCAAGCAGAGCCUGCAGAGGUCCUACACCACAUCCUGCGAAACCACCAUCAUUGGCAGCCAGAGCUCCACCCAACACCUUCGAGAGCUUGGUAGAGGGACUGAGGGAGCCCGAAGCAACACUUGGGAGCGCUCUGGGCUUCAGUCACUGCUUUCAUUUUUGUGUCCUAAGAAGCUGGGGAUGGACUGCUGUGGCAGGAGCCAGAGAAGGGUCCUCCCAGAACCCGCAAGCAGGGCGCAGGAGACAUUGCCGCCUCGCCUGUCCAGAGUGAACGGCUGGUCGAAGCCCCUCCACGGAUACCAGGCAGUAUCCUGGGCCAUGUUUCUGACCUUGGCCUUAGCCAUGUUUGGCAUUUUUAUUCCCAUGCUGCCUGGCAUGUGGAAGUACAUUGCCUAUGGAGUGAGCGGCGGGAUGUUGUUGUUCCAUGUCAUAGUGUACCUCGUGUGUGUCUCCAUCGACCCGGGAGAGGAUAGCGUGAGGAAGAAGAUUUACAGUGAACCAGUGCCCACGUUCGACAGAUCCAAGCAACACCAUGUUAUAGAAGAUCUGUAUUGCUGCCUAUGUGGGGUCACCGUGAGCGAGAAAGCUAAACAUUGCCGGGCCUGCAACAAAUGCAUCGCUGGCUUUGACCAUCACUGCAAAUGGCUCAACAACUGUAUUGGGAGCAGGAAUUACUGGUGGUUCUUCAGCUCCUUAGCAUCCGCAUCGGCCUGGCUGCUGUGCUUUCUUUCCAUCUUGUUAUAUAUUGCUAUCCAGCAUCAGGUCGACCCAGGUGUGCUCCGCACGGAUCCCCACUACCAAAACAUCAACAGUCAGAACACUUGGCUUCUGUUCCUGCCAUAUUUCCACCUAAAGGCAAAGACCCCAGUGGUUGUGAUAAUUGCGAUGUUGGUGCUGGUGUUGAACCUCAUCAGCCUCCUGAUGAUCGGGCAACUGUUCAUCUUCCAUCUUUACCUAAUAUCAAAUGGGAUGAGCACUUACAAUUUUUGGAAUGGAAGCCACAGACGUAGCUCAGGUGCCUCAUCAAGGAACAAAAUUCCAUCACUUCGUAUACAAAUAUGGCCAGAGUAACCAGAUCACAACCCGGGUUCAUCUGCACGGAGUUCCCAGGGACACCGGGCUCAGAUCUUCCUCCAGAAGCUGAAGGACUCCAUGUCCCACAGCAGCACAUGCUGUUUCCAUGGCAGCGCUUUCUUCAGCUACCUUGUAACAUCUGUUGCCUGGAUGGGUCCUUAAUCCGAGCCCUGCAGGGAAACGGGAGACGCCAUUCGCCCCACCAGUCCCAUCGCCAUCCCACCCCCGGAGCUCCUAGACCCGGUCCCGGUCCUGGCGCCCCUCUCAGCACUGCUCUCGGGUGUAGCUGUCAAGGGCCAGUUUCUGGACUUCUCAGCACUGCAAGCAGCGGAGCUGGAGAUGUUGCCGGCUGGAGUUCUCUCCCCUCCACCUUCCUUCUUCUAUUCUCCAGCCUCCUGCCGCAGCCCCCUGCCUGCCCCUCGCUUCAGGCGCGCCAGGAUCUGCCAGCCCACGCAGAUUUUUAUGCUGCUGCUCUGCAGCCUGGUGGCCAGAGUGGCCUCCUCCCCUCAGGGGCUGCCAGCAGAUGCUUCCACCCAUGGUGGACUCCCAGCUGCCUGUGGUGAACUUUGGCUCCCUGCCACCACCUCCCCUUUCUCUGUUACCUGUGGGUCCUGCUCUGCAGCCCCCCGGUUUGGCUGUGCAGCCUCCACCGACUUCUGGGGUGCUGCCUUUACCUGCCAGGCCCUUCUCCGCUAGCUUGGGGCAAGCCGAGCUUCACCCAGUAGAACUAAAGUCGUUCCAGGAUGAUCGAAAACUGAGCAGCAACCUCAGGGGAGCCGGGGCAUCAUGUACUCCCCCAGCUGGAAGGUCUUCCUCUGGCCUCAGUUCCCAUCCCAAAGCCCCACCCUCCACUCUAGCGAUGCCUUCUGUGCCCAGCACAUCGACCUUCACCAGCAGGCCUCCCCACCUGACUCCCUACACUGGAUGCCGAAACCUUGGGAGCAGACAGGGCCACCUUCCUGAGAAGGGUCUUCCGACCGACCGGCAGAAGAGCCUGGGUCCCCAGGGGACAAGGAGCCUAGGUUGCCUCCACCCUGCUGAAGGAGUUCCCCUUGCCUGUACCCCCGCACCCCCGGCCUUUUAUGUAAAUUAUCAAUACAUAAGGGGAAAAGGGAUGGGUGGAAGGGGUUGUGGGGCUGGGGCCUCGCUUCCCCUCCUCCCUGCUCCCCUGGUCCCCAUCCCUGGGGCCAUUUGUUUAAAAAAUAUUAAUAAUAAAAUAAUUUUUAAAAUUAAAAAAAUAAAAUCAU